CAUUCGCCAGUUGAGAAAGGCCGUCCAAGUGAAACGUACGCGACGCCGCCGCGGCUCCGACACUCGAUACAAUAAACUUUAAACGUAUCAAACGAAAACUAACCUGCGAUUAAUUAAGUAAUUAAAAAACACAGUGAUAACUUUUAGUACGAUCUAGUCGAAUUUACGGCUUGUAAUAAGCAUCGGAUAUUUUUUGUAUUUUACCGUUAAGUUUGUCAAAAACAGACUGCAGUGUCUCGUGUGAAAUCGUGAGGUUUUUGUGUGAAAUUAUUUAUUUGGUUCACGAUUAGUGUUUAGAAACUAUCCUGUAUUGUUCUACUGGAGGCGCAUUCCUUGGACUAACCUCGACGGACCGGUUAUUUAAGCAGUCAUUAUGUUACCGAGGAAAAGAAGUGCGAUGCUGCUCAGCUUUGUAGUCGCGAUGGUGAUCCACCAGACGGAACAAUAUGGCUCCGGAGCUCCGUCAGGGGCCUGCAUAGACCAGACGCCGAGACACGAGUCCAUCCCGGCGCAGUCAUCGACACCUCCCUACAUCAUCCUAACAUCGACUGCACAAGUGAGGCAGGGAGACACUCUGCAGGUGACAGUCGGCAGCCCUGCGGGGGCUCCACUACCCAUCGGAGGGUUCAUCUUACAGGCUCGACAGAUACAGAACCCAGACGUGAUAGUAGGCAAGUUUGUAGGCGUACCAGACACAACUAUGACCCACGUGACAACAUGUAGCAACCCCAACGACACGGUGACACACUCCUCGCCCGAGGACAAACCUGCCAUGACCUUCCAAUGGCAAGCACCUACUGACUUCCUUGGAGGAAUUGAAUUCAGAGCGACCGUGGCCCAAAGCUACGCUACUUUCUGGAAGAAUGUGGAGUCUCCUUUAGUCGAAGUGGUGACUCCCGACACAGUAACCAGCGCCCCCGCUGCCGCUGCACCAGCCACUACUAGGGCAACGCAACCACCGCCCGUCAUCAUGGAGAGCAAGCCCAAACAAGAAGCAGCACCCCUCGACGUGGUCUACCAGGGCUGUGCUGACACUAAACUAUGCUUUGGAGUACCACAGAACUGCGUUACCAAAGGCGACUGCAAAGCUGUACUAGCAGUAUUUGUUUCUGGGGACCGAUACACGUUUGAACUGCAGGCCGUUGGCAACCCUAAGUAUGUAGCAGCUGGUCUAAGUACUGACAACAAGAUGGGUGACGAUAGCGCCAUGGAAUGCGUGAGGAAUGACAAUGGGAGAGUGAGUCUCUUCACUUCGUGGACUUAUUCUAAGGUUGAUCCCUAUGUAAGCCGUUCUGACUCGCCUCAAGAGAUCGUGCAGCUUCAGGAGUCGUCUGUGAUCGAUGGCAAACUGUACUGCAAGUUCAGAAGAGACGUGGUGUCUGUUGUACAAGGCAAGACGUUCGACCUCGCCAACUCUAUGUACAAUUUGAUGGUGGUCGCUGGCAGCGAGAUGAAAGAUGCGAAUCGCGUAGGUUUCCACGACUUGGCGUACGAAGCGACCGGUACUCCAAUGUCGCUGGCUACCGUCGGCACCGCGGCUGCCAGCUCCAAGCUACUGCUCAAACUACACGGCAGCUUCAUGUUGCUAGCUUGGCUGGGCACUGCAUCGCUUGGUAUACUGCUGGCUCGCUACUUCAGGCAGACUUGGGUCGGCAAGCAGCUCGGCGGCAAGGAUAUCUGGUUUGCUUACCAUCGUAUCUUCAUGGUGCUGACGUGGCUGCUGACUGUAGUCGGGUUCAUUCUGAUCCUGAUCGAGGUGGGCGGCUGGUCCACUACUGGAGACAACCCUCACGCCAUCACCGGCAUCGUCACGGUUAUCAUGUGCUUUAUCCAACCUAUUGGUGCAUACUUCAGGCCGCACCCGGGCACUAAGACCAGGCCGAUCUUCAACUGGGCGCACUGGCUGCUCGGGAACUCCGCUCACAUUCUGGGAAUCGUGACGAUCUUCUUCGCGGUGUACCUGCAGAAGGCGGAGCUCCCCUCGUGGAGCGUGUACAUCCUCGCUGCCUUCGUCGCCUUCCACGUCAUCAUGCAUCUUGUGCUCACUUUGACGGUGUGUGUAUCGGACGGGCGUAUUAGCAACGGACGCAUCAACGCGUUCCCCAUGAAGGACAUGCUCGGACAGACGCGGCAGGCCACGCAGGUCGACCGCAGCACUGAUGCUCCGUUCUCAAGGUUCAGACGGCUGCUCCUCGGAGUCUACACGCCCGUGGUGCUGAUAUUCGCGAUCGCUAUGGUCUGCCUAGUAGCCCUUGCCCCCAUCACAGAAGUAUACGACACGAUCAUGGGUGCUUGAAUCAUAGAGUAACAACCAAAUGAUAUUGUACUAAUUUUAAAAUUAAAGGAUGGAUGUGGCUUUAAAAAUAUUUUAAGUUAAAACUCUUUCUGCAUUGCAGGAGAUGAGAAAUAGUGGACCUGUUUCAAUCAAUCAGAAAAAAAACAGUGAAUUGUUAAACUAAACAUUGGAUAAUGAUUAAUAAAACUAACAUUUUAUUUAUGACCGAGAAUUGCUAUUGUAUUGUAUAGAAGUUUAAAAAGAUAAAAAAGUCUUACCCGGAUUAUGGACGCUUAUCUAUACAUAUAAUAAAAUUGUAGAAAAGUGCUGUCUGUACAUUGAAAUAAAAAUAAAAAAAAUAGCAGG